CAGCCGCUGUCCCCCUCACACGUCGUAUCAGUCAGCUCACUUACAGUUUGGGUACGCUUGCAACUAUCGGUUUUGUUUCAGCAGACAUGGCAGCAGCUGCAGUGAUCUCUAAUCAGCAGAAUGUGGUGGAGAGGGUGACCAGCCUUCCUCUGGUGAGCUCCACCUACGGCUUGGUGUCCAGCAUGUACUCCACCACCAAGGACCACCACCCUUACAUCAGGAGCGUGUGUGAGGCGGCGGAGCAGGGAGUCCGGAGCAUCACCUCUGUGGCCCUCACCACUGCCUCGCCCAUCAUUGGCAAGCUGGAGCCUCAGAUUGCCAUUGCCAAUGACCUGGCCUGUAAAGGUUUGGACAGGAUUGAGAAUACCUUGCCAAUUCUUAACCAGCCACCUGAACAGAUUGUCUCCAGCGCCAAGGGUGUGGUAACCAACGCGAAAGAUGCCGUGACAGGCAGAGUGUCCGGUGCCAAGGACACAGUCUCAGGCACUCUGAGCAGCGCUGUGGAAAAGACUCGGGGCGCGGUGCAGGAUAGGAUGUACAGGACCCAGGCUGUCGUCAGUUGGAGUGUCAGCACAGUGCUGGAAAGCAGAGUGGCCCGGCUGGUGAGCAGCGGAGUGGACACGGCCCUCAGCACCUCAGAGAGUCUGGUGGAGCAGUACCUGCCUCUGACAGAGGACGAGCUGGAGCUGGAGGCAAAAACCGUGAAAGGCUUUGACAAGAACGAGCCGAGCUACUAUGUCCGCCUUGGUUCUCUCUCCACCAAGCUCCGAAAGCGGGCGUACACCAGGGCCAUGACCAAAAUCCAAGAUGGCAAGCAGCGUAGCAUGGAAUUAAUUUCUGAAGUGAACUCCACUGUUGACCUGAUUGAAUAUGGCAGGAGGAAUAUUGACGGGGCUAACCAGAUGGUCAACAACAGGCUUAACUCCCUGUUGGCAUGGAAGUCCAGUGGUCCAAACCAGGAGACUGGUCACGAGGCAGAGGUUAUCGAGUCUCGCACCUUGACCCUGGCCCAUUCCCUCACCCAGCAGCUCCAGACCACCUGUCUGGUCCUCGCCUCCAGCCUGCACGGCCUCCCCAACCACAUCCAGCAGGAGGUGCUCUCCCUCAGCCGAUCUGCCACACACAUGUACAGCAGUUUCAACAAAGCCAUGGCACUGGGAGAUCUGCCAGACAGUGUGCUGAGCAGCAGCAAAGUCCAACUGGGCAAAAUUAAAAAUUCCCUAGACAACGUCAUGGAUUACCUGGUCAAUAACACGCCGCUCAACUGGCUGGUAGGUCCUUUCUACCCGCGGAUGGAGCCGACUGGCGCACCGGCUUCUGCUGCCUGCAGCACGCAAGCUACGUCCUCCAGCUCUCCCUCCAGCCAGUCACACCGAGAGGAGCCCACGGAAGUUGAGAUGAAGUCACUAAAUUCCCAGCAGUACAAGUGAUCCAUCACAGCUUAAUGUUCCAAGUUUUUAAGUAAUGCACUGUGCUUUGUCGGGAAAGAUGACUAUAAGGUCUCUAUAGUUCCAUGUCAGUCAUGCCAUUUUAUAAUCUUUAAUGUGUAAUUCUUGCUGAAAAUCACUUGUUAGCCAGUCUGGCAGAGCCUAAUAAUGUACUUUCUACAUAAACUACUGGAAUUCAA